AUGCCCGCGGCCCAUGAGGACCCGGAGGCGCCCAUCAUAGCAAGCCCUAAAGAGGUCCCCGCAACAAUAGGUCCGCGGCAAGUCACUCUCAGAGACCGCGUUACGCUUGCAACACUGGUGCCCUUCUCGUCUGCAGACGAGGUGCCUCGCUCUCUGCUGGGCUACCUCACCGACCAGCUGAACCGGGAGAUUGAAAAGGGCGACACCUACCCUAUGAUUGAUCCCAUCGCGCUGGAUCGAUUUGGCCCGUAUUGGUUUGCAAACUUUGGCGCGGUGAUGCUGCUAGGUGACAUCAAAACCGUACAGGAUGUUCAGGCCAUGGAGCAAAACCGGACCGACUGGACAAGGACAUGUCUCGGUAGUUUCAAUAUCAGACCCAACUACCCUGGUCGUAGCAGUCAUGUCUGCAACGGCACCUUUUUGGUCACGGAUGCAUCACGUAACAAAGGCGUAGGAAGGCUGAUGGGUGAGGGCUACCUGGAAUGGGCCCCGAAGUUGGGCUAUACCUAUUCGGUUUUCAACCUGGUGUAUGAGAACAACGUGGCCUCGUGUCGCAUUUGGGACUCACUAGGUUUCAAGCGGAUAGGCAAGGUGCCUGGCUGUGGCAGUCUUCGAUCUUACCCAGAUCAAUUGGUUGAUGGCAUCAUAUAUGGCCGAGAUCUGAGUCUCGAAGGCGAAGACUCAGUUACCCAAGAACGGUUCGACAAAAUUCGGUAUUAUUUGAAGCAUUCCAAAUACCCACGAGGAGCUGAUCGAGCCGAAAAAAGCCGCCUCAGAAGUGCUGCCACGCACUACAAGCUUAUUGGAGGAGAUGAUGGCGAGCCGGAGAGAUUGAUGUUAAAGGAUAAAGAGGUCGUCUCGGAUCCUCAGCAGCAGUAUGAGAUCGCCCGCCAGGUGCACGUCCAGCAGCAUGGUGGCAUCAAUAAGACGACGGCAACAAUUGCUGUAAAGUAUCAUUGGGUCCGCAUCAAGGAGACUGUCAGCCGCGUUAUUCGAGACUGUCCCCAGUGUAAAGAGACUGCCAAAGCCCCAGUUGUGAAUGGCAACAACAGGAAUACAGAGCUGCCCGCUACCAAACCAAGCAGCGAUCUCAGCAUCACGACUCCAAACGGCGCCAUCACGCCGACCGAAUUGAUGACGGAUGCCGCCAGUGCGCAUUCGAAUCCUUUUGCUCAGACACAUCCGUCUGAGGUGGAACCGCCCGACGACUGCAUGACCGACUAUUCCCACCUACCACUUGAUCCUCAAAUUAUUGACAUGAAUCCUCACCUCCCACGCUUCCAACACCACCAAAGCAUCACAGACCCUUAUGAACACCAGACGCAUGAGUUGCCGCAUGUAGCAUUUGAAGAUGAGUUACGAGCGCACGGCCACAACGAUUACCAAGCAAUGGUGAACGACGAGUCGGACUCGGAGGCUCUUCAGCGCGACGCCUUGGGUCUGGUCAACACGCAGUUGACUGAUUCCCAGCAUGAGCAAGAAAUGCUGUCACGAUACGUGGAUAGGUCUGAUGACGAACUGGAUUUUACUUAG